AUGAUCGAGCUGGAAGAAGUAGUAAGCAAGUUGCGCUGGUAUGUAACAGGUCUGUCUGAAAUCCGAAGAAAUUGGGAGGACUCGAUAACCUUUGAAUCUGACAACUUGUUCUACUACCGGGAGGGCGACCAACUGUCUCAGGGUGAUAAUGGGUUAAUCGUCUGCAAGUCCCUCGUAAACAACGAAUCGAGUGUGUUGAGUAAAGUAGCGUACCUCAUUCACCGGAUUACCGAACGGUAUUCGAUGAUGGUUAUACAGGUUUACGCGCCGACCUCGACACAAAUCGACGAGGAUGUAGAGGUAUUGUAUGAAGAUAUAUCAAAAGCCAUACAUGCCUCGCACUCCUACUACAAUAUUGAGAUGGGGGAUUUCAAUGCAAAGCUGGAUGUGAGGAGCGGUUCAAAGGAGAGUUCAAUUUGGUUAAGAGCAACGGAGCCACAGGGGCCUUCUUCAGGAAACCACCACAGAGGAAAUGGACUUGGAUGA